UUUACUGACAUGCGAGUGGACAAUCUGUAGGACAAACCUGAUUUUCUUUUACAGGCUUACCUUUUGUGUUAACCUUCGCAUUUUCACUCUAUGAGCUCCAGCCUCUUAUUUGCACCAAGGGAUGGGAGGAGAGAAGUCACUUCAUGUGACCGAAGUGACGUGAGCGAGGAUCAUUUUAAAUCCAAACAGGAGAAUUUGCAUUUCCUGCCAAAAUGCAGAGUGUGUUGAACUGUUUUUUUUUUUUUUUUUUUUUUUUUGCUGAAAGCUGCUUAAGCCAAGCUGAAAAUUACAACUGAUGAUGUGAGUUCAAUUUGAACAGCUGACUUUAACUUAAACUUGGAAAACAAAAGCGAAAAAUCGGUCGAGAAAUAGCAAAAAUAUGUCGAACUGGAUACGACACGAAUGUAGAAAAAAGAAAUCAACAGUAAAUAGCAAAAAGUAGCUUAACAGAAAACUGACAUUAGCAGAAAAAAGCUACACUUAGCUAUAAAGAAGCUGAAAUUAGCACAAAGAAGCAUCACAAAAGGUAAAAAGUGAUGUAAAAAUUGACACACAUUUUAAAGAGCUUAAAGUAUGUUGAAGACAGCUCCCUUCAGUUUCAAUAUGAAAAAGCUAAAUAGAUUGAAGUUGCUGAAAUACCACGAGUCAUAGCUGGAAUUUGGCGACAGAUACGAACAUUUCAAUAUAUGAACUGUUAAAAUAGCACAAAAAUUAUAGAAGAAAGUGCCAAAAUAUGUAUGAAAGGAGUACAGAAAAUUAUAAACGCAAUGCUUAAUAACAUUCACACUAAUUAUGAAGGUCUAAUCUGAACACACCUAUAAAUGCUGGUAGAAAAAAGGUGUUUGACCCAAACUAGAGUGUCUAUGUGGUCCGAUUGUCCUCAGAGCAUCUCCAGGUUUUACACACGACUUUACACAGAUGGUGGGGUUUGACUUGUUAGUGUUAAAACCUGCUUAAUCUACUCAAAAGUUAAGUUUUCUCCCACUCUCCCUCCCUUUUAAGGAGGCAGUCUCUUUCCUGUGAGCCCACACCCAGACAAUGAAAUGAGCAAACACAUGCAGAAGAGGAAGUAGGAGCAGUCGGACUCGCUUCACAUGUGCACCUCAGUGAGCAGCCUUGAUGAUGGGACGAGACAAGUGUGGGUGUGGGUGUGGGGAGGGGGUUCAGCUGGAAACGACGUCAGAUUGACAGGAACAGGAAGCGGUGAGCGCCGAGUUACCUGGUAAACCAUGAGACUUGUCUGUUCCAGUCUUUUCUUGUUGCGUUUUAAAGAUCUCAGACAAUCCAGAUGUAGGUUUCUCAGACUUUUCGGCUCAUAAUACCUGAAUCUGAAAGGUGGGGAGCAUCUUCUGUCUUGUCUUGCCUGGCACCUGUUUGACUUUGGAGGCAAAAAAAAAAAAGAGAGGAAAAAACAUGACACAAAAUGGUGCCGGGCCCGGCCAUGGCAACACAAAACAGGCAGAGGAGCUUAAAAUUGUGAUAGUGGGAGACGGAGGCUGCGGGAAAACAUCUCUUCUGAUGGUUUAUGCCAAAGGAGAUUUUCCAGAGAAAUAUGCUCCAUCAGUGUUUGAAAAGUACGCCAAAACCAUCUCUCUGGGAGGAAAAGACUUUAAACUCAACCUGUACGACACAGCUGGACAGGACGACUACGACAGACUGAGGCCUCUUUCUUACCAGGAAGCGGACCUGGUUCUGGUCUGCUUCGACGUCACCAACCCCACCAGCUUUGAGAAUGUUUCUAUAAAGUGGCACCCAGAGGUGAGGCACUUCUGCGGGGAGACGCCGGUGAUCCUGAUUGGCUGCAAGACUGACCUCAGGAAGGAUAAGGAGGGCACGAGGAGGCUGAAGGCUUUGAAUCUGGCUCCAGUGACCUACAUCCAGGGUGAGCAGACCCGGCAGGAGAUGAACGCGGAGCUCUACCUCGAGUGCUCGGCUAAAUACCAGGAGAACGUGGAGGACGUUUUCCGGGAGGCGACAAAAACAGCUCUGGCCUUCAGACGCAAACAGAAGAACCACAAGCGGAAGAAGAAAUGCGUCGUUCUGUAAAGACCCCCCCACACACAUCUGGAGCGGUUGUGCUCACCCACACAGAUAAGAACUGGAUGAGGAACCUUUGGGUCCCCGCUGAGACAUCAGCCAGUCUUCCCUGAACGGUGCAACAAAAUGAAGCAACAGGAAAGACACUUGUGCAAGUUGCAUGCAGCUUCCUGUCAGCUCCUGAACGUCACUUUUAUCUAGUUUUUUUUUAAAGUAUUUUGCACUGUAUGUGGAUGACAGCAGGUUGUCUUUCUGAAACAUUUAUUUAUCGGAGAAAAUAGAUUUUGUGGUUUGUGAAUUUUUAGUAUGAAGAACCUCGUUUAAACAUAUCGAAAGCACAACAGCUUGUAAACGGUGCAGUGUUCCUGUGUAACAAAAAACAUUGUCUUUGUGAGGCUUAGAGGACUCUUAGCUUUACCAACAGCGCCCACUAGAGGUGGAAAAUUAGCACACCGGCUGCUCUUUGUGUCAAAAUACAUUUACAUUUAAAUCUGAAAAUGCACAUGCAACAUUUGCAUGUGUUUUUAUCAAGGCUUGCUUUUUCCAUUUUUAAAAUAUUUGUUCAAAUAUUGGAAAAAAAAAAAAAAAUCUAAGUACUGUUACUGACCCCUCCAGGCACCUUCAGAAGUCUGAAAUGAACUGAAUUAUGUGCAUUCUGGCAGCUUUUAUACAGAUUUUUUUUAAAACAUGCAUAAAAUCUCCCUCAAUAAAAGAUAAGUGCCUUUA